CAGGAACUGACGUUUUACACAAGGGGUAGGUGAUGAGCCUUGAUACAGUGGUGAUUCACGACGUCUGGGAAAUACUUGUUUGUUUUGAAAACUUAGGUCAUUAGAGAAGUUCUGCUGCCUCUGCAGACUUCAAACCUGCAGAAGGCAGGAGGAAAGUGACAAUGGAUGCUUUGUUAAAGUGUGCACUGUAAGCACACUUCCAUUCUCUUCAGGUACUGAAUGAAGGGGAGAAGGAGGACAUCUAAGAUUCAGAGUCUGAGAAAACGGUCAUCACCUUUUGCCAAUGUUAAAGCACAGGAGGACGUCAGUUUUGGGACAGUAACAAAAGAAGUAAUCAGGUAUAAAGAAGAAAAGUUGUACAGAAAAGAUUACCAAACUACAGCUGUAUCACCUUUCCUGUGCCUUAUUUCCUGUAAUAAUCUGCCACUGCUGAGGGCUUACUUUCAUGUUACUACCCCAUGUUACGUGCUUGAUGCAGCAAGGUGUGAGCAAAAACAUCAGAGGAAUCUGUGGUCCAUGUUGUGCUGUCACCACAAGAAUUUUUGUAUGUGUUGCAUCCUUUUGGGAUCUCCUGCAGGACUUUAAAUAAAAGGUUCAUAUUUUGUAGAAGACGGCAAAAAAUAACUUGUUGACAUGGCUCAGGAACCAGUUCUUGUCAACAUCUAUGAUAUGUAUUGGAUCAAUGAAUAUACAUCAUCCCUUGGGCUUGGAGUUUUCCAUUCUGGGGUAGAAGUUUACGGAACAGAAUAUGCAUAUGGAGGUCACCCAUUUCCUUUCUCAGGCAUCUUUGAGAUUGAACCAAGAGAUGCAGAAGACCUUGGUGACCAAUUUAAGUUCAAACAAACAAUACAUCUAGGCUACACAGACUUUUCAGCAGAGGACAUUCGCCGCAUCACUGAACAGCUAGGAAAAGAGUUUCGUGGAGAUCAGUACCAUCUGCUAAACAAGAACUGCAACCAUUUCUCAUCAGCACUUACACAGGUCCUGUGUGGGAAAGAUCUUCCUAGCUGGGUAAACCGCUUAGCAUAUGUAAGCUCGUGUAUUCCAUUCAUUGAGCGGGCCAUCCCCAGGGAGUGGCUGACUCCUAUGGCACUACACAAUGUAGUUCUGCAAGAACCAAAUGGACAAGAAAUGCAGCAGGUAGCACAACAGUCAGGGCACAAAGUACCAUGUGCUUUGAGGUUGAAGCGCCCAGCAGGAAAGUUGCCAGUUCAUCAAAGGAAAUUGAAGCAUUCUCUCUGCUGAGUUCACAAGCACUCUUUUAAGGCUAGUGUUGUGUGCAACUGAGAGUAGCGUGCAUUUUAAGGCUAAGAAUCAAUAGAAUUAACAUUCAAGCAUACAUGUACAGAAAAUACAACUGAUUUAUUAUAGUUACAUGCUUUUGGGGGCUUUUAUUAUGUGUACAGAUUUUGAUGGCUACCAGAGAUUUUGGUAUUUUAUGUCUUACUAUUAAUGGUGAAAAUAUGUAGGCUUAUAUAGUGUGUAUUUAUUGCUUUGUUUUAAAUAUGUCUCUUUUUCUUGAUAUAUAGAAUGAAGCUUGGCAGCAUAUACCUAUAUAUCAGAACUCAGAGUAUGAAAAAUGUAGAUGGUUUUCUCCUACCCACAUUUCGUUAUAUCAAAGGAAAGAUGCACCAUCUGCAAGAGGUGCAAUGAAAAGAAAAUGACUUUAACACAUUUUGGAACAUAGUGUAUACCUAGAUUUUCUAAGAUAACCAUUUGUAAAAUAUUUCAAUUUUUUAAACAGAAUUAUAGUUGGCUGUUGAGUUGUUCCGCAUAUUGUAGCAAAGUGCGUUAAUUGAGGUCUGUGUGGAAGUUUUGUGUCAUGUUGACCCAAUGUGACUGAUUAUUGUGAGGUGUGAUCUGUCAGUGUAGAGUUUAAUAAUAUGUAGCAUUUUAAGAUCCUUUUGCCCCCAAUGGAGAAUCUCUUGUGUAUAUGAAUUUUUACCCAUCUUAAUCAGGUAUUUAAAUAUGCAAUAAAAACACGUACUGUUGCACAA